UGGCAAAUCUAUGAACAAGCGACUGGGAUAAGUAAACAGGAAGGUCCAGUCCGUGUUGCUCAUUUUGUCGACGUCAUUGGAAGAGAAGGAGUUCAGUUGUUUGACACCUUUACCUUUGAUGAAGAUAGUCACGAAAGCGCUGACAAGAUAGAUGACGUCAUCGCUAAAUUUGAAUCUCGUUGUCUGCCGCAACGUAAUGAAACGUAUGAACGAUACCUCUUCAGUAAAAGAGAGCAAGAACCAGGAGAAAGUAUCGACCAGUAUUACACAGCACUGAUGCGUCUCUCUGAACACUGUGGCUUUCUGAACCUAAGAGACAGUUUGAUAAGAGACCGCCUCAUCCUUGGAGUUAAGAAUGAUCGUGCACGCAAGAAACUAUUGGAGCAGAAAGAUCUUGCUUUGGAUAAAGCCUUGGACAUUCUGCGAACACAAGAGUUAACUGAUAUACGCGCAUCAGACAUG